GAGCAUGUUAAAGUCAAAGCAGUAAGCACAUGGUUUCCCCGGAAAAAAAGCAGAUCGUUCUGCCACCUAGGUCUUAACUGAACUGAAAUGUGACUUCAUGUAGCAAGGAUGUGAAACUGUUUACUGUGUUUUGCUUUUUUUAACAUAUGGAUCCUAUCGAACUCCGGGGUCGCGGGCUGCUCAUUUGUCGGCUUAAGAUUUAUCCAGUUGGUCAAGCAUCGUUUUAUGCAUCUAGCUUCUGGGAAAUUAUGCACGGUUGAUAGGAAUAGUUGACCCAGAUUGCAGAGGAACUGCCAGUGGGCCCAAGGAUCUCAGUUUGGCAUAAAGUGGUUGAAAGUAUCUUGUAAUCAGUGGUACAGCACUGCCCAUUGACCUCGACUUCCUACCAGAAAAUUGGUAGCAUACGGACUACCGAGCUUCCCCCUUCCUUCUCCAAUAACAGAAAGGAAGACCAGCAUUUCCAUGGCCGAACCCGUGCUUGCUUCUUUGAUCCAUGUCUUAGGCUCCCUGCUUAGUAGCAGAGCAACCGACCAUGGCCGGCGCCUCUGGUCCGUAAGUCGUGAUGUCGGAUGGCUCCGUGAUGAGCUCCACAUCAUGCAGCUCUUCCUUCACGAGAUGGAGGUUUGCAGCAUUGAGGGCGGCGUCGCCAGAGAAGCAUGGAUUGACCAGAUGAGGGACAUCAUGUCCGACUCAGAGGACACCAUCGACAUCUUCGACGCCAGCCAAGUACAAGGCUGCUGUGUUCUUGGUAAGCUGAGAUCGAGGCAUGACGUCGGGGCUCGGAUCAGUCGUAUCCGGGCUCAGCUGAGUGACAUCUCCCGUCGCCGACUGGAGUAUGCAGUUGAAAGACCUAGAGAAUCAAGUGAUAAGUGGAUCCAUGGUCUUUUAGCCUCAUCUCCGAUGGUUCAUGACAUAGAUGUUGUAGGCCUGGAUAAAUAUCUGGAUGUGUUGCUUCGGCAUAUCUUGGAUGGAGGCUCAGAGUCGGAGCUAAGUGUCAUAUCCUUGGUUGGCAUGGGAGGUGUUGGGAAGACCACACUUGCCAAGAAGGUGUACACCAACCCGGACGUGAAGAAGCAUUUCGAAUGCUGCGCGUGGAUCUAUGUGUCGAAAACGAUGGAGCUGCACUCUGUCCUCUGUGAGAUGGCCAACGGGCUGAUGAAGAUCCCCUCUGCAGAGGCGAGCUCCCUCUGCGAGAAGCAGCUCCUAGAAUUGCUCUUGAGUGGCCUUGGCUGUAAAAAGUUUCUGCUUGUGUUUGAUGAUGUCUGGGACAGAGGGUUGUGGGAUAUCAUCAAGCUAGUACUGCCCAGAAAAUGCAGCGGGAGCCGAGUGCUUGUGACAACUCGUAAUGCCGCCGUGGCUGGCUCAGUUGAAGGCGUAAAGAGCACUGUGCAGCAGCUUCAGCCAUUGCCAUUUGAAGAUUCCUGGAAUUUGUUUUGCAAAAAGGCAUUCUUGCAGGAUGGAAUAUGCCCGGACGCUCUAAAGGAAACUGCCGAGGACAUUGUGAAGAAGUGUGUUGGUUUGCCUCUUGCUAUUGUUGCUGCAGGGAGUAUGAUGUCCGGGAAAGAACAAACAGAUACUAAAUGGAAAAGUGUCCUGGCAAGCAUUCAGAAGGAUCUAAGCAAUGGUCAAAUGGGAAUCCAGCGGACACUGCUCUCAAGUUAUAGGGACCUCCCACAGCCUUUGAAGCCAUGUUUUAUGCUGCUCUCUGUAAUCCCAUAUGAGUCACAGAUCUCCCGAAAGAAAUUAGUUCGGUUAUGGAUUGCCGAAGGGUUUGUGAAAGAAAAGGCUGAUGAGACACUUGAAAUGACUGCAGAGAAGUACCUCAUGGAGCUGAUCAACAAAAGCAUGGUAGAAGUGGCAACAGCAAGCAUCAGUGGGAGAGUAAAAGCAUGCAGAGUUCAUGAUCUUCUUCACGAUCUUGCCAUUUGGCUGUCUGAAAAUGAGAAAUUUUCCAUCAUCUGCGCUGAUAAAGGCCCAAGUGUUAGUGAUCGGCGCGUAUCAAUGCAAAUGCCUCAUGUAUCAUUCAGCAAUGAACACAAGAAAAGAUUGCGAUCUGUUUUCAUGUUCAACAACAGUGCACCAACUGCAAUUAAAUGCAAUGUUAUUUCAAGGAGCUUUGGUCUGGUAAGAAUUCUGGAUUUUGAAGAUGGUAACAUGCUAGAACUUCCAAAAGAGAUCGGAGGCUUAGUUCACUUGAGGUACCUUGGACUAAGGGGAACGAAGUUGAAGAAGCUCCCAAGAACAAUGAACAAGCUCUAUCACUUGCAAACUCUUGAUAUCAGGAAGACUCAGAUAAAGAGAAUCACAUUUCAAAUCAAAUGUUUAAGAAAUCUACGACAUCUAGAGAUGAAACAAGAUGACCAAUGCAUCCAGAUCCCGAUAGGAUUUAAUCAGCUUGACAAACUCCAGAUAUUAACUGGGUUGCAAGCAAGCACAGCCGUGGUUUGUGAGAUUGCAAGCCUUACCCAGCUGAAGAAGCUUUCGAUAGAGGAUUUAAAAAAUGAAGAUGCCAAAGAGCUAUGCUCUUCUGUGAACAAUAUGAAGGAACUAUCAUACCUAUCCAUCUUCCCUAGCGAUGGCACCAGGCCACUUGAUCUUGCAAUGUUGGAACCUUCUUCAUGUCUACAGAAGCUGCAUCUAGCUGGAUCUUUGCAGACAUUGCCAAAUUGGUUUGCUCAACUACACAACCUUACAAAGCUGCGCUUGAGCUUCUCAGAGCUGGAAGAUGACCCGCUUUCAGUUCUUGUUCGAUUGCCGAAUCUGCUGUUCCUCCAGCUGAACAAUGCAUACAAGGGGAAAGUAAUGAGAUGCUGCCGUUCCGGUUUUCUAAAGCUGAAAAUCUUCAUCAUAACUGAACUUGAGGAACUGGAGCGGUGGGAUGUUGUUGAUGGAGCAAUGCCAUGUGUUCAAGAAGUGUGGAUCAUGUCAUGUGCAAAGUUGGCAGCUAUUCCUGCUGGGUUCCAGUCACUUGCUACAUUGCAGAGGUUGAGAUUGGUGGGCAUGUCAAGCUCCUUUCUUGGUAAAUUGGGGGAUGAAGGUGAUGAUUUUAUAAGGGUCAGACAUAUUCCAUCUAUCCAGAUCAUUCAACAGUUUGGGCAGCCCUAAAAUUGUCCUGCAAAUAGGUUUCCUACCACGAGCUGACAAGAUUUGAAGAUGAUGAUAUCUUAAGAGUUUUUUUUCCCUUUUGUGUGUGUGUGUGUGUGUCGCCAUGACAGUGACAGCAUGGUUCUUUUCCGUGUGCCAUGCUUCGCUUCCAAUGAUCAGCAGAGCCUCCACUGCCUCGCUGCUCCCUCUACCGGUUCCAAACUAGGUGUACAUUUUAGAUGAAAGGUGCCCAUAUGUUUAAUCUUUAAGGCCCAAUGUACCAUAAAGAAGCUCCUUUGAGUAUGUUAGCAGUCAGUAGAAUUGCUUGCUGUAUAUUGUAAUUAUGAGAUAUUAGAAGGUUUUUAUAUUCAGGCAAACUGGAUUGCACAACAAUAUUUAGACAGAUACUGAUAUAGCAUCAAGAAAAGUACACGCUUUAUUCCGAAACUCGUGUAAAUUAUGCAUAACAAAUGGCAGAGAAUUCUAUCUUCUGCAGUAGUUAUACAUUACUAGUACCUCAUGUUCCUCUUGAGAAAUGAUUCUUCAGUGAAGCAGCAAAGUAUAGGUGUGUUUGAUAUACUCAUCCAAAGCUGAUCAAUUAAUGCAGCAGAAGAGCAAUUCGUUUAUGGUUAGUAGAUUAUCCAUAUCAUCUAGCUUUCUCUUUUAGCAACCCAACUAGGUAUUGUGCCGUGCUUCUUCCAAAAGUUUUUGCAGUCCUCUAAUAACUUCAGGUGUGUUAGCACAAGAGAUGGUAUAUAUAGAGAGAAGCAUUUUAGCUCCCUGUCCAAAAUUGUUUUCAAUUUUUUUAGAAGUCAAAUUUCAAAGCUUCAGAAAUAAAAAACACACAUACAUCUAGAUGUGAUAUAGAUAUACCAUAUAUGCACAAUUUUGUUCAAAAUAUGUUCAUUUGUGGGCAGCACAAAAACAAAACAAACAUGUGGAUCUAUAGCAGUGACAGUACAUCUAUACAGAUCCACAUAUUUGUCUUUUUCAUGUAGCCCUCAACUAAACAUAUUUAUUUAUAAAAGUCUACAGGUAUGUAGUGUAUAUGUACUCGUGGGACGAAAACUCGGAUUUCCUUUUCGAAACAUUAAAAAUGUGGUUUUCGAUUUAAGAAAGAAAAACAGGCUCCAAGAAGCUCAUUUAGUGAUUUUUUUUUGCCUCGUUUAGUGAUAUUCGGGAUAGUAUGUGCCUGCAAUGAAAAGACUGUCAAGUGAGUGUGACAAAUGCCCUGCUCACUAGCUGCUUUCACAGUUACCAUAACCGGAUAACCCGCAUCCCUCUAAUUUUCGUUUAAAGCUAACAUGAUCCGCAGCAGGAGUACAAAAAACAUGAUAAUAUAUGGAACAGCAGUAAUCGCCUAGUUGUGAUCAGACGGCAGUAUUAUGUCUAUCAUAAAUUGCCAACAGACGAUUCUCUUUCUGAACAUUGUACUAGAUUCGAAUCACGUUUCUGAAGUCAUGCGCAUGGUCAUCGAUUGCAUCCUCUAACAGCAUAGGGCCGGGCGGCUAGGGUUAACUACCUUUUGCCCCAUCUGUGCAAACUAUACAAAUUUGUGCAA